AUGGAAAACAGUAGAGCCAGCGGCACCUAUGCCACCCGCGUCUCGAGCCCCCCCACAGCCCAACAGCGCUACCACGCCUUUCCGCAGAAGCGCAAUUCCUAUCGUCGCCCAGCAGACGCCCGUCCCCAGCCCAAGGACCCCGACAUGCCCACCCUCGUCCCCACCCUCAUCCCCAGCAACACGGCCCGGCCAGUCGCCCCACCGGCUUCCAAUGGCGCUGCUCGACCUGCUUCUCACAGGUGCCGGCAAAGUCAACCAAUCCCACCAGCAACAGCUGCCAUGGCCGAACCAUUGCCUGCCGCGCCAGAAGUGCCUCGAGCACCACCCACGUCUUACAAGGACCCGUACGCGCGCACGUCAAGCACCAAAGGCCCUCCUCGCUCAUCGCGCGACCCCACCAUCCAGCUCAAUACGAGCAGACAGCAACCGACCAUCCAGACGGCUGCUGGCAGACUCUACGAGCUGCGCUCGCCGCCCUACGCCCCGAUCGAGCCGCUCUCAGGCUCCCUUGAACGGCGCAACUCGCAGCGCAAGCCCUCUGUGCCAGAUCGAUCGCCGCUUCAGAAGCUCGAGGGCAAGCUCGAUGACAUUAGCAAAGAAGAGCGCCGCGCGCGCAUGCUCGAGGCAGAGCUGGCAGCCCAAGAACGCGUCGAGUCCGAGAUGCGGGCUCGCCGCGCACGUGAGGCUGCUGAGAAGGAGAGACGCAUCGUAUCGCAACCUGUGCCCAAAUACGAAUUGACCCCCGACAACACCCAGCACACGGGAAACAACAAGCGUCGUGUCUCAGCGCCGCUCCAAAGCAACCCUAGAUCACCCGACACUACGGACUUGGACUCGGAAGAUGGCUAUGUCUAUGAUCUGACCGAGCCAUGGAAUCCAUCUGCAGCGCAAGCUGUCGCAGUACCAGCCCCUCACCGCAUACCAUCACAGAAGCAGCCACGCCUCACCUCUAUACAGAAGGUCCCUCACACCGAUACUGCCAUUGUACGCAAUGCAAGCAUCAAGGGCAAAGAACCAGCUAGCGUCUCGAGGGGGGUAGGCAGCUUCAAGGACCGCAUAGCUGUCCCAGUCACGCAGCCUAUCCACCGAAAACCAGUUGAGCAGCCCAUCGGAAGUCUGACGCCACUGUCGGGGCUCGGCCUUGAGGAUGCAGGUGUCGAGGAUACCCUGGGAGGUGCCGAAGUCAUCCGCUCUGAUAGCAGAAGAAAGUCGAGCGCAGACCCAUAUGCAGUCCAAGAGCCUGCCCGACGGGCGAGUCAGAGAGACAGCAGGGGCAUCAUGGCUGCCCGGAUGGAAAUGCAGCAGCAACAAAACGACCAGAAGGGUCUUCCUCAAAGCAACGGACAAUUCCAAAUCCACCCGUACAGCUCGCCUGUGCCCCCAGUAGCUCGGAAGAGCGUCGGGUUCUCUGACGUCGAUUCGGACAUUCACCCCCAGACAUCCCGUGAUGCUCACCAUCGCUUCUCGCGUCACCAAGGGCCUGAGCGAACAUACGUCAGGCCGCCCAUGUUAGAAGAGUGGAGACAAGCGCCAAUUGCUACUCUCAUCUCAGAAGACCUGGACUUGAACGCCCCCGCGAGAACGCCCAAUACUGCGAACAAGACUUGGUGGGAAGAGGGUCAAGCGGGUCGACGCCGGCGAUCCGGUACACACGCGGAGCCUUCGUACGACGGCUACGCCGAUGGAUCUACAUCUCAGACAAGCUUCAGCCCCCCACUGUACCUCAAGUGUGGUCCACUUCUUCGAUACACAGGCCUUCGAACCGACCAGAGCAGAGCAGGCAGAGAGCGGGAAAUCUGGAGAGGUAGCGUCAUGAUCGUCACUACCGAUUCAGAGUCUUCCUACCAGAGACCACCGACCCUACGCUUGUUCAAGCAAGCAAUGGACCUUCUUCCGCCAUCUCCACAGGAGCUCGAUGACGACUCCGCUUACGUUGAUCCAAUUGAGGGACAAUCUAAGACUUCGAGAACCGGACAGACCAUGUAUGUCAAGGCGGUGGACGAGAUUGUGGAGAAUGAGGACUUGUCUCGAGUUGAAGACGACACUGGCCUCUUCUCUCUCGUUCGCGGUGCAGGCGCCAAGCCAACACGCAUCCACAAGAAGGACGGCGAAAAGCUUGGCAAAACACGCGAGAUCUCUGGUGUUCGUCUUCAUGCUGAGCGCGGGGUCACAUUCUGGCGCUUCAAUCUCGAGAUUGAACUGGGAAGCACGCAAACGCGGGUUGCGUACAGGAUCAACCAUGGUCCUGCAAUCGGGUUCUGGGUACCAGCCAAGGGCGAAUCCAUGAACAUCAUGUUCCACAGCUGCAACGGCUUCUCACUUAGUGUAGACUCGAAGGAAUUCUGUGGCCCGGAUCCGAUGUGGCGCGACGUCUUGAAUUCCCACCAGAGCAGGCCCUUUCACGUCAUGCUUGGCGGUGGUGACCAGAUUUACAACGAUGCAGCAAUGAAGCAGACGACCCUGUUCAGGCAGUGGACGGAGAACAGAAACCCAAUGGACAAACACCACACCCCUUUCUCCGAGGACAUGCAGAACGAGCUGGAGCAGUUCUAUCUGGACCGCUACUCAAUGUGGUUCUCGCAAGGUCUGUUCGGCAUGGCCAACUCUCAGAUUCCAAUGGUCAACAUCUGGGACGACCACGACAUCAUUGACGGCUACGGGUCGUACCCUCAUCAUUUCAUGCAAACACCAGUCUUCACCGGAAUCGGUGCUGUUGCCUUCAAGUACUACAUGCUCUUUCAGCAUCAGUCUGUUCCCGCCGAAACGGAGCAGACGGAGCCAUCGUGGCUGCUUGGGAAGAACCCUGGGCCAUACAUCAAGGAACGAUCCCGAAGCGUCUUCAUGCAUCUGGGCCAACAGCUGGCUUUCCUUGGACUGGACUGCCGCACUGAACGACAACGUGAUGAGAUCUUGACUGAGGACUCGUAUGACAUCAUCUUCGACCGUCUCGAAGACGAAAUCAUCAAGGGCAAGACCAAGCACCUGAUUGUCCUUCUUGGUGUACCGAUUGCUUAUCCAAGACUCAACUUCCUGGAAAACAUCUUGACGAGCAGAUUGAUGGAUCCCAUAAAAGCUAUGGGUCGCGCUGGCAUGCUCGGUGGCUUUGUCAAUAGAUUCGACGGCGGCGUUGAGAUACUUGACGAUCUCGACGACCACUGGACAGCCAAGCACCACAAGGAGGAACGGAACUGGUUUAUCAAGGAACUGCAACACAUUGCAGAGACCAAGUCUGUUCGCGUCACCAUCCUUGGGGGUGACGUGCACCUCGGUGCCGUAGGCCAGUUCUACUCUAACAAGAAGCUCAAGAUUCCAAAGGACAAAGACGCCAGAUACAUGCCCAAUGUCAUCUCGUCGGCGAUUGUCAACACGCCUCCACCAGACAUGAUGGCCGAUGUCCUCAACAAGCGCAACAAAGUGCACCAUCUCGAUGCCAACACGGACGAAGAUAUGAUACCAAUCUUUACGCAUGACGUGGAUGGAAAAAAGAGGAACAACAACCAUCUACUCCCCCAUCGGAAUUGGUGUAGUAUUCGCGAGUACAAGCCGGGAUCCUCGCCGCCUGGGACCCCCGAGCCGGAGGAAAGACCACAACCGGGCAGGAGACUUUCAGACACUUUCAACCCUCGCCAGAUGGUCAGAAGAUUUAGUAGUGAUCAAGCGCAGCGACCUAGUGCACGAGGGCGCGGCCCUCCUCUGUCGUAUUACAACAACCCUCAGAACGCCACUGCCGACGAACUACAGACCGGUGUUCCCAGUCAGCCACAAUCUUCGUUCUCGCCUGACCGAUCGGAAAGUGAACGACCCGCACGGUCUCGCCGCAAUUCGCUGACCUCCCUCUUCCGGCGUCGCCUUUCAGUGGACAGUGUUGGCCGCCACGAAUCCACACAGAGCCUGCCACCUGGAGCCCACAAGGAUCCCUCGCUUGAGCGCCCAUCCAACUUCCGCCGUAGACCAAGCGUCUUGACAAAGAAAGGACUGCAGCAGAAGCCGAAGGGGGAUUUCAUAGACCUUGAAGGCGGUCUGGAUAUCUGUUUGAAUAUGGAAGUUUCGCAGCAUGAUCCAGCCGGCAUUACCAUGCCUUACCGCCUUUUGGUGCCUGCACUCAGCUAUGCAGCCCCUGAGCCUGGCGUAGUCGAGAAACAGCCGCGCAAGGGCAGUUUCAUGGGCUUGUUUGGUGGAGGCCGGCGCAAGAAGAAGACCAUCGGUGAUGACGGCUACUCACAAAGUGGCAGUGAGAGUGGAAGUGGGAGCGAUAUUGGGGAGAUGUCCGAAGAUGACGAGGAAGAGCGUGCUGAGCAAAGGUACAAAGUCGGACCCAGGAUACUGAUCCCCGGCUUUGGAUCCCGGAACAAGCGUGCUUCCUCUGCAAACCAAGUCCAUCCACCUGACGACCAUUUGAGCUCAGGGUUCCAUGCCAAUGAGGCCUUGGCAAGCUCCGUCCACGCAGACGGCUCGCGCGGUGUUGCAACCGAUCGAAGACAAAGCAUGGAUACCGGAUCCACAGACCAUGGCCGUGGAGCCUCAGCAUGGGAGUCCGUUGGAGGGAGAAGACACAGCAGCGCCCCUCAGUCUCAGCCCGCGCCUCAGACCGCGGCGCUCCUGCCCUCACGCUCCGGCUCUCUGCGCAAAACACCCACGCACAACUCAUCACACAAGUCACAGCUCCCCAACCCAGAGUCACCCGAGGUACACAAAAGGUCCAUGGGUGGCAUUCUAAACCAACACGGCAACAAUAAGUUUGAGCAUGAUGCACACGUCCUUGCGCACACUUCGUCGAAUGCGAAACGCGAGUCCUACCCGCCACACCCGGCUAUUGUAGGCGCAGGGCCAGGUUCCCCAUACAAUGCCCGAGGCAGCAUGCAAGCCAGAGAGGACACCUCAGGAGGUGACUACUUUAGCAGCGGCAGUCGCCAGCCUCGACCAACCAGCCAAUCUCGUAGCGUCUCGAAUGGGCACUAUGCACCUCCUGCGCCCGAUAGAGCGGCGCCAGUACUCGCACCUGUGCCCGCACCUGCACCUGAGAGAACCGUAUAUCCUGAGCGAGGCGGGUAUGACCGUACCUCGUACCCUGCGUACCCCAGCCGCAACGGCAAUGCCGGUGUUGGGGCGAGAUACCUUGGCGACGGACGGUAUGAAGAUGACGACUACGAUAGUCUGGACGAUGAUGACAGAAGUCUCAGUGGCGGUGAGCAGGCGAUGAGCCAGGAGAGCUUUGUGCUACCGAAGCCGAAGAAGAAGUGGCAGAUUUGGCGAUAG